AUGAGAAUCCCCUCAAGACCAAUAAUCUCGCCUUCUUUGGUACAUUGGCUGUCGAUGGAACUUGCGUUGGUAUUGUUGUCAACACUGGUGAUGGUACUGUAUUCGGUCGCAUUCCUGGUCUCGCUGCUGGGUCUAGCUCGGAGGUCACUACCCUGCAGCUCGAUAUUCAUCAUUUCGUUAUCAUCAUUUCUUCUGUCGCAAUCUCGCCCGGUAAUUCUGUUUUUCAUCAUCGGUCUCAUCAAGGGAACUGAAGUUAUCACCAACACUGUGUUCUGCAUUGGUAUCAUUGUCCCAAAUGUCCCCGAAGGUCUUCUUCCUACUGUGACUGUCUUCCUCAAAUUGUCCGCGAAGCGUAUGGCCAAGAAACAAGUGCUCGUGAAGAAGCUGGAGGCUGUCGAGACGCUCGGAUCCACUACUUGCAUUUGCUCAGACAAGACAGGCAAUCUUACCCAGAACCAAAAGACUAUUGUCCAUCUCGCGUACAACAAUGCGCUGUACACCACGAAGACGGCCGCGACUGAAGCCACGUUUGACACUCAGGUUUCGUGCGUGAAGGAGCUGUUAUGCAUCGGUGCGAACUGCGCGAAGGCCAUGUUCGAUGCUAAACAUCUUGGUGAUACCCCGGAGAAGUCAAUUGACGAACGCAAGGUCAACGGUGAUGCUUCAGAGGCUGGUAUUCUCAAGUUUUCGGAGAAGAUCACGUCUGUCAGUGCAAUCCGUGCUCACAACACUCAGGUUUCGACCAUUCCUUUCAACUUUGCGAACAAAUUCAUGAUCACAAUCAACAAAGUUGCGGAUGGGGGAGAUCGCCUCCGUUUGUGCAUGAAGGGGCUCCUGAACAUGUCAUGGAGAGGUGCACAAGCGUCCUCAAGAAGGAGGGUGUGA